CUAGGGAAGUGUGAGAAGCGUCAUGAAUAUCGAAAUUAAAUGCAUUCACCAACCUAUCGAUCCAACACUUCCUUUUAUUUAAUGUCACACAUUAAAAUCAUCACCACUUGUUAUAACCACAUUUUUCCUCAGGAACCACAAAAAGAGACAAAUAAAAUUGAGAAGAUCAAAAUGGAGAAGAGUAACGAUCAUGACAAGGCUAACCACGGCGGUUCCGGUGGCGGUGCGACGGAAAAGUGGGAGGAGGUUGGUCCCGGAAUGCGAACCGCCGAAACAAUGCUCCGGUUAGCUCCAGUGGGGCUUUGUGUUGCGGCGCUUGUUGUCAUGCUUAAGGACUCCGAAGACAAUGAGUUCGGUUCUAUAUCUUACUCCAAUCUCACAGCUUUUAGGUACUUGGUGCAUGCAAACGGAAUAUGUGCGGGCUACUCUCUUCUAUCAGCAGCCAUCGCAGCGAUGCCUCGUUCUUCUUCAACCAUGCCUCGUGUUUGGACCUUCUUUUGUCUCGAUCAGCUUCUGACAUAUCUGGUUCUUGCUGCUGGAGCUGUGUCCGCGGAAGUUCUAUACUUAGCUUACAAUGGAGACGCAGCCAUUACUUGGAGUGAUGCAUGUAGCUCUUAUGGCAGUUUCUGCCAUAAAGCCACUGCUUCUGUUAUAAUCACUUUCUUCGUGGUUUGCUUCUACGUUGUUCUCUCUUUAAUCUCCUCCUAUAAGCUCUUCACUCGCUUUGACCCUCCCUCCAUUGUUGACUCCGACAAGAACAUCGAAGUCGCUGUCUUCGGAAGUUGAUCCUUCAUUUGCUUUACAAAUACAUCUAAUUAGUCAAGUUUCACAAGCUGUCUUUUUAACUUGGGUCAAGAGAAAGAAUGCUUUUGUGUUUGGACCACCUUUUCUAUUGUGCUUGUAUUGAUGUUACGACUGGGUUGUAAUGUUUAUAUAAAAGGUACGAAUCAUAAGAAUCACACAAACUUAUGGGA